AUGUCUGACCUACAAGGACGGAAAGUUUUCAAGGUUUUCAACCAGGAUUUUGUCGUGGAUGACCGGUACAACGUGACAAAGGAACUGGGCCAGGGUGCCUACGGUAUUGUUUGCGCAGCUACUAAUGUUCAGAACGGGGAAGGUGUUGCCAUCAAAAAGGUCACCAAUGUCUUCAGCAAGAAGAUUCUGGCUAAGCGGGCCUUGAGAGAAAUCAAGUUGCUUCAGCAUUUCAGAGGCCAUCGCAAUGCAAGUCAACACGAUUGUAGGGCUGACCUAGGGCAGAUCACUUGUUUGUAUGAUAUGGAUAUUCCCCGACCGGAUAACUUCAAUGAGACAUACCUGUAUGAAGAAUUGAUGGAAUGUGAUUUGGCCGCUAUCAUUCGUUCCGGACAACCUUUAACCGAUGCCCACUUCCAGUCCUUCAUCUACCAGAUUCUUUGCGGACUUAAGUAUAUUCACUCCGCCAAUGUCCUCCACAGAGACCUGAAACCCGGAAAUUUGCUGGUCAAUGCGGAUUGUGAGCUCAAGAUCUGUGAUUUCGGUCUGGCUCGUGGGUUCUCUAUCGACCCGGAAGAGAAUGCAGGCUACAUGACCGAAUAUGUUGCAACAAGAUGGUACCGUGCUCCGGAGAUCAUGCUUAGCUUCCAAAGUUACACAAAAGCCAUUGAUGUCUGGUCUGUGGGCUGUAUUCUAGCAGAACUCCUCGGUGGUCGUCCCUUUUUCAAAGGUCGCGACUACGUCGACCAGCUUAACCAAAUCCUACACUACCUGGGCACCCCGAAUGAGGAGACCCUGAGCCGCAUUGGUUCCCCACGUGCCCAGGAAUACGUGCGCAACCUGCCGUUCAUGCCCAAGAUCCCAUUCCACCGCCUGUUCCCCAAUGCCAACCCCGACGCUCUUGACCUGCUCGACCGCAUGCUCGCCUUCGACCCCUCCUCCCGUAUCUCCGUGGAGCAGGCCCUGGAGCACCCAUACCUGCAGAUCUGGCACGAUGCCUCCGAUGAGCCAACCUGCCCCACAACCUUCGAUUUCCAUUUUGAGGUUGUUGAGGAUGUUGGCGAAAUGCGUCGUAUGAUCUACGAUGAGGUCGUCCGGUUCCGCUCAGUAGUCCGACAGCAAUCCCAGGCCCAAAGCGCCGCUCAACAAGCACAGAUUGCCCAGCAGACCAACGUCCCUAUCCCCGAGCACCAACAGGGCGUGUGGAGAUCAGAGGAACCCAAACCCCAGGAAGCGCUCGCCGCGGGCGGCAGCAUAAAUGAUCUGGAAUCGUCACUGCAGCGGGGAAUGGACGCGUAA